AGGACGUGAGCAAAGCAAAUAAAUUACCUGCUUCCAGCUCCAUGGCCUACUUCGGUACAUUUUUCCAAUCCUUCCACACUCAAGACCACCCAAAUCUACAGCCAUCUACUGCUGGAAAAAAGAAGAAGAAAGCAUGCUCUGGCUUUGGCAAUGGAGCCGGAGUGGGAGAAGCCUUUGGCAGAGGGGAAAGUGACAUGAAAGUGUCCCCUAAUGAGAACAUCAAUAUAGGCCCUGGUGUGGGAGCUCCCUGGUUCUGGGGUGCAGGUGAGAUGCCAAUGCCCUCAAAUGGAAUCAGAGGCCCUAGCUAUGGAGCCCCUUGCACUUGGGGCAGAGUUGACGUGACAAUGAACCACGGCGGUGGAAAAGCCAAUAGUGGCGGAUCAAAGCCACUGGCAGCGCCACCAAGUGGAAAUAUCAAUAUAGAUCCGGGUGUCGGAGCUCCAAUUUAUUGGAGCAAAGGUGAGUUCAAAGUGCCUCCAAAUGCAAAUGUCAAUAUUGGCUAUGGUACCGGAGGUGUCAACAGCGGCGAAAUGUCGGCAAGUAUCAACUAUCACCAUGGAACCAUCAAUUUCUAGAGAUUGUACAACUUUUCCCGAAAUCUCAUCUUAAUGAGUUGAGAAUACUACUUAUUUGGUUGGGAGCAUACUCCCAGGGCUGCGGAGAUAUCUUAUCCGCAACCUUGAGGUAAUUGUGGUAAAUAAAUUGCUCCUGUUAAA